AUGGAUACGACCAGACCAGCUCCACUGCGCAACAGUAAACUGCUAAAUUCCAUUGAAGACCCGACUUUUCGCGCGAAUUUACCAGAUCUCAUACCAAGCAAGCCGCUCAAAGCGAAGGUCAAGCCAGCGCAAGAAGAGAUGGACCCCUUCGAAGUGCGCAUUCGUUUUACGCAAUAUUUACAACAUUUGAAUGCGAGUGUUACGAGUGCGAAUAAGACGGCACAGUAUGCGUUGAAAUAUAGGGAUAUGGAUGAAGAUCUGCAUAGUUGCAUCCUGGAACAACUGGAGAGAAAUUCUAUGAACAAUAGGGCAAACAUCAUGUUUUUCAUCGAAAUUUUAUGCGAUAUGGCAUCGAGAGAAGGACACGAUGAUUAUGUACGCAUGAUGCAAAGAGAUAUUCUCCGGGUAGUCGAUGCCGUUGCGCCAGAAGAUGGCUCCGGAGCAGCGAAUGUAAAAGUAGUGCGCAAGGUUCUCCAAGGCCUUCAACGAAAAUCAUUCCUUUUACCUCAAACUGUUACGGAAAUUGAAGAAUGUCUCAAAGAACGCGAUACUCAACCCGACGCACUCAUGUCUUCUCCGCCCGCAAACGAAGCCAAUGGAAAUGGCACUUCACAGCAUGCUACCCCCAAACAAACCAAACCAAAUGGAGUAGGGAGGUUGGAUAAGAGACAGAUUGAACAGAGAAUUGAAGAGGAUCGCGAGAGACAUAAGAGAUUGAGAGAACAUAUCUGGGCUGUACCGGCCUUGGGACCCAAUUCGGAGUUCGAUAAAUUGUGGGAUGAAACGAGUGAUUUGGGAGAUGAUGAUAUGGAUUUGUAUGAAGAAGAAGCUAUGGAGAGAAAAGAGGCUGGAAGGGAAUGGUUUAAUGAGCAAGUUCAUAAAAGUAGACUCGAGGGACAAUCUUGAGUGGAGGGUUACUUUGCCCGGUCAUGGCGUUAAAUUGCAUCAUAUGGCGGAGUUCGUGCAUUGGCGUUCUACGGUUAUUCAGGUAUACCGAGGAUCAUUAUGUAGCAUGUAGGAUUACUUGGACGGCGUGGUUAUAUAUAGGUUUGAGGACGUUUGCAUCGCGCGGCUAUAUAGCCUUAGGUGCUCAGGAGUCGGCACAUAAAAAUGCGGUAAUACCAUUUUGUUAUACAGAAAUUUGGUGUUGAGAAUUCAGCUCCCAUCAAGAAACAGAACGGGUGGGACCCUUAAAAUCAUGGCCACUAUCUCUUCAUAAGCAUUCUCUCAAGAUUACUUUGAUUACAAUCACAAAUUUACAAUUCUCUCCAAAGUCUGGAAUCAUCGAGAAACAUGGAUUCUGAUUAGUGCAAACAAGUGUGCGUCCUAUGCGGCGUGAUCAUCUUUACUUCCAGCUGCGAGUCCGCCUGUAGUUCUCAUAUUUGGGGUAGUAUUCUCUUUUCGCUGGAAUUCCUUGUGUGUAUCUGAAGAUUUCGGAAGGCUUGAGAUGGCAUUUCGGCUGCUUUAGGACCCUCGCAGUAGCAGAUCAACUCGUUCCUGAUGUAUGUUAGUUUGAGUAUGUGGGCGAAAAGGCGACAGUUCACAAGCACUAGCUUUCCCUUAAUGCCACUAGCGAGCUCUUUCUAUA